GGCAGCUAAAGAGGCAACAACUAAUAAGUGAAAUAAUUAAAUAUAAAAUUUUGAUUUUAUUUAUUUAAUGGCACCAAAAAAAACAACAGGCAUGCUUGCAGCACAGAAAAAGAAGAAGCAACAGAGGCCACUUAAUAAGUGGAUUUCAUCACGAAAUCCCUGGAAUAGCCAAAAGUGGGCUAAGGCGUGCUCCAACAGGGGGCGGCGUCUGGUCUCGAGCGGGCGGCGCAGGGCAUAUGUGGAAGAGCCUCCUACUAUUAUUGUUACCCAGAAUUUUGGCACAGCAAAAGGUCCAACCCUUCCCCCCCAAGCGCCAGCUACGCCUACUCUCAAUCCUUCCUUGUUGCAGUGGCAUGUGCUAGAGGCCAAUGCUUUAUCACCAGAUGACGCGAACAAUACUGAAGAUGACGAAGAGCUAUCAUCUGAAACAGAUGAUGAUGAUGAUGCUGAUUACGCUGAUGUUGGGGACAGCGCAACUGAAAGUGUUUAUGAAUCGGAAAUAUUAGUGGAGCCCGUGCCGCCGUUACAUGCCGGGAUCUUACACGCCGGUAUCGAUGUGGAACCGAUUAUCAAAGCAGAGCCUGGCCCAACAACAAUCAAUAUGUCGCUUAGCUCCAGGCAAUCGGUGCAUUUGCAGAACAGCAUCGAGGAGGGCAGACGCAUACUCCAAUGGAUGCUGGGCCCGUUGCAGCUGACGCACUUCUUGAAGACUUUCUGGGAAAAACGUGCGUGCGUGGUGCAGCGCAGAAGCCAAAACUUUUUCAAAGCAUUGACUUCAAGCAGCAUGUUGAGCUCAAUGCUCUCGCUGCAUCGCCUGGAGUUCGGCAGUCAGGUCGAGGUGCUCAAGUGGCGUUAUGGCUGCAAUCAGGCACCGCAGCCAAUGGGACGCGCCAUGCCGUCAGUUGUAUGGAACUAUUACAAUGCAGGCUACGCCUUGCUUUUCAACCAGGCCAGCAGCUAUGUGAUUGGAGUGCGUCAGUUGUGCAAUUUACUGCAAGAAUUCUUGCAUUGUCGCGUUAAUGCCAGCAUGGAGUUAAUACCACCCAACUGUCAGAUAACUGGCGCUCAUUACAAUGACAGCGAUAUGUUUAUCUUGCAGCUCGAGGGACGCCAGCACUGGCGUUUACAUCCACCACCCACUGUGCAGGAGGCUUUUGCACGCGAGCGCGGCCCCACGCAGUUUUACCCGCUGGAUCAAUUGAGCGAGCCCAUACUCGAUUAUCAUCUAGAGGCAGGCGAUGUGCUUUAUUAUCCACGCGGCAUAGUGCACUUGCGCCAAACGGCGCCUACGGGGCACUCCUUUCACAUUGCCCUGAGCGUUUGUCAGCAGCAAUUGUACGCCGAUUUGCUGGAGCAGCUGGUGCCCAUGGUACUGCAGGAUGCCAUUAAGCAGCAAAUUAGUUUGCGUCAUACUUUGCCAUUUGAAAUUUGGCAGCAAUUGGGCAUUACCCAGAGCAACUCGCAGAGCUCGCUGCGUGCGCAGCUCUUGGCCAAUAUUAGCUCGCUAAUGCAACAAAAUCUAAAGCCCACUUCGACUCACAUGGACAACGCACUGGAUCAGCUGGCCAAGCGCUAUCAGCAGCUUGCAUUGCCGCCACUGCUGCUGCCCGAGGAACAGGCUCGCACCGUUUUUGGCUCACAGAGCGUUAUUAAUGCUCAAGGCAAUUGCGUCUGCGAUUAUGCAUUGGGCGAUUACUCCAAGGUGCGUCUGCUGCGUGCCAAUAUCUUGCGCUUGGUGUCUGAGCAGCAGGAGUUGCGUAUUUAUUAUCACACAGAGAAUCAGCUGGAGCAGCGUACUGAUGAAGCCACCUCCAUGACGAUACAAUGCUCUGAAGCCAUUGCUAUUGACUAUCUGGUCAAGACCUACCCCAACUAUGUCUUGGUCUCUACUUUGCCGCUGUCUGAUGCUACGCACCGCUUCAAAUUAGUCACCGCUCUGUUUGAGCGCGGACUCAUUAUGACUGAGCAGCUCAUCGGCGCUACAUAUUAAAUACCACUCAAUUGCCAUAUACUUGACAUAUUUUUGCCAAGAAUUUGUAAUUCCAUUGUUUAUUGAAUAAAUAAAUA